GCAAAACGAGUACUCCUUUUCCCUCCACUGUGCAGGGUCUAAAGCGCGACAGAACCUCCCUACAAAGCGGCAGCAUGGGUCCACCAGGUGGCGGAGGCGCCGUAACGAUGAGGAGAGGAAGCUACGAUGAAGCCGUGGCUUCUCUGCGACCUCAUUUCCGAAAUAUGGCUCAGAGACGACGGUCUGCUCCGUCGCUGCUUUUGGGGAAGGCUUUGGCCAUGUCGUGGUCUCCAAUCAGGGAGGAAAGCUCCUGCUGGGUAUCAGUGGAGCAGAGCCCUUUCGUCCACGGCCUCACCGGGGAGAAUGGCGAGCUGCUGCUGGACGAGUGCGUUCAGGUGACGGAGGGUACGAAAACCAGAGGGAGACAGCUCUUCCUCUUCAGUGAUGUAGUUGUCUUUGCUAAGCUCAGGUCCACUUGCAGCUACCGUGUGAAGCACAGAGUCAACUUGGAGGACGUCUGGCUUCACAGUUUUGAGGAUGACGCCGAGUACGAAGGGGGUACGGCGCAGGACGCAGACUUUAGGACGACCCUCGCCUUGGCUUGGGGUGCCACUUUUUGUUUGGUGUGUUUCAUCUCUCCUGAGGUGAAGGAGCGCUGGUUCGAUACCCUGCAGAGCAAAAUUAAAGACGCAAGAGCCAGAGCUGGUUGUGCUCCUUCUCAUCAGGGCGUCCUCAUGAAGGUGUUAGGUGACAUCAAUGCAACUAAAACUCUCAUUGGAAGCAGCAUGGAGCAGAUAAUUGACCUACCACUUGAUGGCGAUGUAAAUAGUCAAGUUCUGUCAAAUCUGUUGAAUAACCAAGAGGACAAGCUGACGCAGCUGCAUGAAACUAAGUGGAGCUUGGUGAGGAAGCUGAAGAAGGGAUCUAGUUUCAUCAGCAGAGCAACUCGACCGGACAACAAGACUCAGAUUUUUGGACAGUCCCUUUGCCAACUGUGCCCAGAUGACAGCUCGCUUCCCAAACCCAUCACCGAGAUGCUGCUGUUGCUGAGGAAGAGGGGUCCGUCCACGGAGGGAGUGUUUCGGAAGCCGUGCAACAACAAGAACAUGAGGGACAUCAGGGACAGGCUCAACAGAGGCCUGGAAGUGGACAUGGAGGCUCAGCCUGUUGUUCUGCUGGUUGGGCUGCUCAAAAGUUUUCUCAAAGAACUUCCUGGUAGCCUGCUGGUCUCUGAGCUCUUUGACGAGUGGAUGACGGCUUUGCAGACGGCAGACAUCCAACAGAGAGGACUGGAAGUUAGAAGGGUGGUGGACAAGCUCCCGGGGCCAAACAAACUGCUCUUGCAGCACCUCACCUGCGUUCUCCAUCAUGUCCUUGAGAGCUCUGACAUCAACAAAAUGGACGCCUACAACCUGGCAGUGUGCAUCGCCCCUACGCUGCUGCAGCUGGAGGUCGCCCCCCUUGAUGAGCAGAAGGAAAUGAUGAAAAAGGUCACAGAGCUGACCCAGUUCCUGAUUGAGCACUGUGAAAUCCUCGGAGACAAUAUCCCUCAUCUCUUGGAUACUGAUGAAGACUCCGUUUCCUCCCAGCAUCACGACUCGGCGUACGACAGCACCGAUCCGGACGGAGACGGCGAGGCCAGAAGGAGCGGCUCGUCUCCCUCUCUCAGUCUCAGCAUCACCAUGUCUUCGUGCUCGUCCGACGGCAUCUUCACUCCCAAGCCUCCUUUCAACCGUCGCUGCUCCGAGCCCAUCAUCCUGCCCUCGGCUGAUGUGGAGAACCUCUGCGGCCAUUCCAGGAGCCAUGACGACUGCUCUUUGGAGAACUUUGACAGGCAGCCUUUGAAAAAACAAAUCUCAGAUGAUUCCUUUUGGCGCCGGGGACAAAGAGGCGACGCUUCCGGUUUGUCAUUUUCUGAACUGAACAGCAGCUCCAGCAGGGACCAGCGGAGCCACACUGGGAAUCAAAUCAUGGACUCCUCUAGCUCUUCCCUAGAGAGCGCGACCUCCAACCAGUCUGAGGGCUCUGUGUUCACCAGCUCCCCAGCAGCAUCUCCACCUUGCUGCAGGACAUCAACGCAGCGUGCUUCGAAAACUCCAGAUAACCCCGAUGAGAAGAGACGCUCACAUUCACUGAGAGCCGCUUGUAAGGUGUUGAUGCGGACCAGGAGCUUAGGAGGCUUCAGCAGGAGCAGCCUGAAGAAGGACCCCCAGAAUGAAAACACCUUCCCUUGUGAAACGUUCCAGGAGGUGUCUCCGGAUGAUCCCAAGCAGCGCCCGCUUUCAGCCAUCAUGGUGUUCAGGCACGUCGACAGCAGGCUGCCUUGCAGGCCACCGUCCUACGAGCAGGCAGUACACAACACGCCUCUCCCUCCUCAGUAUGGAUCCAUGACUGUAUACGACGCCAUCGCUCUGGAGAGAAGAUCAAGCCACGCCAUCUUGUCCAGCUGCUCUGCCAAUCACCAUGUUGACAUGCGGGAAGAAGGUGUGGAGCAACGUCUGGUCUUCCGCCAGAGGGCUAUGUCUGAGUCUGUGUCUGCUGGGCAUCGGGAGGCGGCGUCACGGAGAUGCAGCCAGCCUGUGUUUGAGGACUUCUCAUAUGUAAAAGAGUCCUACGUUUGACUGAACAUUAAACCGAGUCAUUAAAUCUACUUUUCCCUCCCCUAGUAACCUACGACAUGGCUGCAGUUUGAUUUGAAUUUGAUCCCCCCUCCCCUCUGCCUGAUAAUUGUCCCUCAGCAGGACAUCGUGCCCCCAUUGCUACACUGUGUUCAUUCAUUUUGGAGCUAUGACAUAACUAUGGCAGCCCCAUAACAAGAGAAAGCGUGUUUCCAGGCUGCAGUCAUUAUAAACUGCUUUUCUGUCUUUGUGCCGCCAUUCAAACAUGUUCAUACAGUUCAGUGCCUUUGUUAUUCCUCAUUCUUUCACCUUGAAUGAAUGCUAUGUGCUAUGUGCUGCCGUCCAGGUAUCACUACAUGUGUAGUACUUUUUCAGAGUACAAAAUAUGUCUAGAGUAUUGAUAGAUAUUUUAGUCUAUCGAAAUGAAGCUAUUUUAGUUUGUGUUGAGUCAAAUGUCCAAUGCUGGAGCUACAGAGUUAGCUUGUUUUUAUUGCUGUUGGUAGCAGUCAUUUUGACAUACUAGUCCAAGAGUAAAUACAGUGAAACAUCAGUUAGCGUCAUUAAUUUCAGCACUAACUACAAUUUUUUGCCAUAAGAUGUGAUGCUAAUUACUUGCAAAUUUCUUUGGCUGUGAUCAAUAAGCCAUGAUCAUUUUUCAACAUAAAACAAAAAAUUACGCUAACCAGGGCCUAUGCUAACCAAGGUUUCACUGUACACUUUGCAAUGGUAAGUGUAUUUUAUUGUCGCAUUGUGUGUAGUUUAAAACUAGUAUUUUAAUGCUAGUAUUUUAAUAGUACGGUACUUUUACAAGUACUUUACAUUUCACUGAAUGUAUGUGGAAUCUAAGAAUGAGGUGUACGCUAAAUAGUAGUCUUUUGUUGGAAUUGUAUGCUUGUAUUCUGACAAAGAGACAGAGAAAUCGAGCAGUGCAUCAUAAAUUUAAUGAUUGCUUAAAACUUUUGUUUUUUUCAAAUCAGCACCUUGACCGUCUUUGUCCCACUACAUGAAAUCACAUUGCUGGUGAAGCUUUCUUUAUUUGUGUGACGAAAGGUACAAUAAAAUACAUAAAUCACAGAG